GCCAACAAAAAAGAAAAGAAAAAUUAUAAAUCUGAAACCAUCCAUCUCGGCUUGUAAAUUCGAAAAGAAAAGCAUCAGAGAGAAGGAGGGGAAGGGUCAUCAUCAAUCAACGGUCCACAUUCAUCAUCCCUUGACGAUUUUUUUUUCCGGCAGACACAACAGAGGCGCUUUCAGUUAUGAGACUGAACUCGAGCUUAGCUUCUUCAACGAGUAUUUCGUGUACCACUUUCAAUAUAUUGGCUCCCAUUUACAAACGCGUUGAUCAACUGAAUCAGAGCAUUCGAGAGAGCCAUUUUCGCGCGCUAUGGUUUACUCGGAACCAAAAGAUAUUAGAUUUGCUACUCCACCAACGGUCCUCAGUGAUUUGUCUCCAGGAGGUUUGGGUUGGGAAUGAGGAAUUGGUGAACAUGUACAAUGAUCGCCUUGGCUCUGCUGGCUACUCUAUUUUCCACUUGCCUAGAACUAACCGUCGUGGCGAUGGUCUUUUAACAGCAAUCCAUAAGGACUACUUUGAACUUGUAAAUUACCGGGAGCUUCUCUUUAACGAUUUUGGAGACCGUGUUGCUCAGCUCUUACAUGUCAGAUCACUUGUUCCCUUUCCGCUCAAUGAGAAACAAAAUGUUCAACAAGAAGUUCUUAUAGUGAACACGCAUCUCUUGUUCCCACAUGAUUCUAGUUUAUCUAUUGCAAGAUUGCAUCAGGUUUACAAGAUUCUCGAAUAUCUAGAAGCUUACCAGAAGGAAAAUAAACUUACUCACAUACCCAUUAUUCUCUGCGGUGACUGGAAUGGAAGCAAGCGUGGGCAUGUCUACAAGUUCUUGAGAUCUCAAGGGUUCAUAUCAUCAUACGAUGUUGCUCAUCAGUACACGGAUAGUGAUGCUCAUAAGUGGGUAAGCCAUAGAAACCACAGGGGAAACAUAUGCGGAGUUGAUUUCAUCUGGCUAUGUAACCCUAGUAGCAAUUCAAGGAAACCAUUGAGAACAAGUUGGGUGGAAGCUGUUUUCAGCAUUAUCAAGGUGAGUGAGAUUGAUUCCUUCCCCCUUUGUCAUUGCAAAUCUUCAGAAACAAAGAAUGUUAAUCACUUUUGGAUUCUGAUGUCUCUUGAGGGUUUACAGUAUCAACUCCAGAAAGCUUCCAUAGCUGACGACAGCAAGGCCUUUGCUUUUCUUUGGGGAAAUAAGCAAAGUGAUUCACUAACUUACUCUGGCUUCUGCCAAGCACUUCGAAAGGUAAAUCUAAUGGGUAGACCACAUGGACUUAGCUUCCAAGAGACAAAAGAGCUAUGGGCUCGAGCUGAUCUUGAUGGAAAUGGUGUCUUCGACUAUGAACAACUUAAGAAAACUUGGAACACGAGGACUGUGGAUCAGUCUGAAAAGUGCAAAGAGAGUGUGAUGGAGAGUAUGAAAGAAGAAGAAGAAGCGGUUGGACUGAAAGUGAAGAAAGCUGUUCUGUUUCCGCAAGAAACAGAGAUAGGAUUGUGGCCUGAGAAUUACAGUCUCUCCGACCACGCUUGUCUGACCGUACAGUUCUCACCGGUCAAAAAUGCACUCUAGUUAAAUGUUGUGUCAUUAGUAUGGCUCUUGUAUAAUUUAAAAGGAGCAAGGAGAAAUUUUUACACCAAGAAGCUUUACAAACCUCUUUAAAGUUUGUAUAAAGUUCUUGAGAUAAUGCAUUUUUGAACUUUUGUAAUUGCAUCACUCUGUUUUCAGACAAAUAAAAAGAGUUUGUUUU